AUCUUUAUGACUUGCUGGACUGUCACACGAACCUGCAAACAUGUCGUUGGCGGAUAUCCAGAUGAACUCUGCAGACCUUUUGGAAAAAGCACAACUGGAUGCUGGUGGAUUCGGCAUGGUUUCCUUAUGCUAUCACAAGAGAUACGGGCUCGUAGUGUUAAAAACAGUGUACACUGGACCUAAGCGCACAGAAUGUAACACUUCCCUUCUCGAAGAAGGCAAAAUUAUGCAAAAACUAAACCAUGACCGUGUGGUGAAGCUACUGGGUGUCAUUCUGGAAGAUGGUAACUACUCUCUUGUGAUGGAAUAUGUGCACAAAGGAAACCUGAUGAGAGUUCUAAAGGCAACUGAAAUUCCCAUGCCUGUGAAAGGGCGGUUCAUCUUGGAGAUCAUUGAAGGAAUGCUUUACUUAAGUGAACAAGGCUUAGUGCACAAAGACCUGAAACCAGAAAAUAUCCUUGUUGAUGAGGACUUCCACAUCAAGAUAGCGGACCUUGGCGUAGCCUGCUUCAGAAACUGGAGCCGGCUGACUAAAGAGGAGACCAGCCGACAAAGGAAGCUCAAGUGCAGCCCCAAGAGCAAUGCAGGCACUCUUUUCUACAUGGCUCCUGAGCACCUGCAAUCCAUUAAUAUCACACCCAUGGAAAAAUCAGACGUUUACAGCUUUGGCAUAGUACUAUGGGCGAUUUUUGCUAACAAAGAACCAUAUGAGAAUGCUACAAACGACGAGCACGUAUACUUCUGUGUCAUGCAAGGGGACAGGCCGCUUGUAGCAGAAAUUAAGGAAAGUUGUCCAGUGGAGAUCAUUUCUUUAAUGGAAUGUUCCUGGAGUCAAAAUCCAGAGGAUCGGCCAACCUUUGCAGAAAUCAAUAUGACAUAUAAGCCAUUUUACCAUCAGCACUUUGAAAAAUAUGUGGAAGACGAUGUGCGAAAGAUAAAAAAAGUGUACCCUGAACCAACUGAACUUGUCAAAAGGAUGCAGUCUCUCCAAGUAGAUGCUGUAGCAGAGCCUCCAAGUAGUACCCGGAUAGAUUUGCCCAGUUCUCUACACAGUUCCCAGGAUCCUGCAGCCAACACUGUGGACGAAGCCCUUUUUGCAGCUUGUCCAGAAAACGAACCCAUAGAGAGCGGCGAAACCUCCUUUGAGCCUCAUUCUGUGAAUCUGAACAGGAAACUGCAGGAGGAACUGGACUACCACCUGCACGGCAGCAGGAUGGACAAAGCAGAAAGCCCCUGGGCGGCAUACAGUGCUGACAUGCGAGAGGAGGAGAGGAGAAGAAGGGUUUCUCAUGACCCAUUCGUAAACGCACCUGCUGCCCCACGGGUACAAGAGUCAUAUUCGAGAGCCGAAAACCCCAGAUCAAAUAUCAGUCGUAAUUUGAUUAAUAACACUGUGGCCCAACACUAUCAUCUAAGGCAACAGCCACUGGGUGGAGCACCAAGUGAGAGGCAGAACGUACCAUACAGUCCAAAUAAUUCAUAUGGGGUGAGGCCCGUGGAUCUCAGAACAUGCACGAGUGCAGAGGAUAUGUAUGGAUCACAUUCAGCUAAUACUGUUAACGUCAGUAAACCGCCUGUGCCAGAAUCAGGUGCAGAUCAUCAACCAAAGCUCCCAAUGCCAUAUCACGUUAGUGCCAAAAGCCGAAACACAGAAACUGGUCAAGUGGAGUUUAAUCCUUCUAUGAAGGCAAACUUUGCACAGACUUCUUCUACAUGCAGAAAAAGUACAGACGACUUCGCACAGUACAAACUAGUUAACAGCUGCGGAAUUCAAAUAGGGCCGUACAACUUUAUGGCAAUAAAUGAUCAGAAUUUCCAUAUAGGCGGUUAUCCAGCAAAUACUUCGUAUGAUUGUGCAGAUUACCAGAAACUGUUUGGCAGUACUGCGGUCAUUUCUGAUGUACACCUGAACCUUGUGAGAGAAAACUUGGCUAAACAGUGGAAACACUGUGCCCGUAAGCUGGGCUUCACAGACCCUGAGCUGGAUGAAAUUGAUCAUGACUAUGAACGGGAUGGAUUAAAAGAAAAAGUUUAUCAGAUGUUACAGAAGUGGCAGAUGAAGGAAGGCAGCAAAGGGACAACCGUGGGAAAGCUGGCAAGAGCUCUCUCUGCUUGCAAGAGGAUCGACCUCCUUAACAGCCUUGUAAAAAUAAGCCAGGAGUCUCAAGUGAGUAACCAGUGAGGAACA